AAGAGAGAGAGAGAGAGAGAAAGAGUGACGAAACCGAAACCUGAGAGAGAAACUGAGGAAUCAGUAAAGGGCGUCUCCUUCUUCUUCUUCUUCUUCUUCUUCUUCUUCUAUCUCUUUCUCUUUCUCUAUCUCUAAUUGGCAGUGGUGUAAGUAACAAUUUUGACCUAAAACCCUAGUUUCGAUGCUUUAACAAUUAACAUAGCUACAGAACAAUAGAUCUUGAAGAAGAACCCUAGAGCAGAGCAGAGCAGAAUCAAUGGCUGCUGAGUUAGGGCAACAGACGGUGGAGCUAUCGACGCUGGUGACUCGAACUGCUCAUGAAUCGUACAACUCCCUCAAAGAACUUGUGGACAAAUGCAGGUCCACCGAAUUAUCCGAUACCGAUAAGAAGAUUAGCAUCCUCAAGUUCCUCAGCAAGACUCAGCAGCGCAUGAUCCGUCUCAAUGUCCUCUCCAAGUGGUGCCAACAGGUUCCUUUGAUACAGCACUGUCAGAAUCUGGCUUCCACUGUUUCAAAUCACGACAUGUGUUUUACUCAAGCUGCAGAUUCAUUGUUUUUCAUGCAUGAGGGGCUUCAGCAAGCUCGUGCUCCGGUCUAUGAUGUCCCUUCAGCUAUUGAAAUUCUUCUGACAGGGAGUUACCAGCAUUUACCAAAAUGUAUAGAAGAUGUGGGUACUCAGUAUGCCUUGACUGAAGAUCAGCAGAAGCCUGCUUUGAAGAAGCUGGACAUGCUUGUUCGGUCGAAAUUGCUUGAAAUUUCUUUUCCGAAGGAAAUUUCUGAUAUAAAAGUUUCUGAUGGUACAGCACUGGUUAGGGUGGAUGGAGAGUUUAAGGUUUUAGUAACACUUGGUUACAGAGGACACCUAUCCAUGUGGAGGAUAUUAUAUUUGGAGCUGCUUGUUGGUGAAAAAAAUAGACCUGUGAAAUUGGAAGAAUCACGACGUCAUGUACUUGGAGAUGAUCUAGAGAGACGAAUGGCAGCAGCAGAAAAUCCGUUUUUAAUAUUGUACUCUGUCCUUCAUGAGCUAUGUGUUGCACUUGUCAUGGACACAGUUAUAAGGCAAGUGCAAGCUCUUCGACAGGGAAGAUGGAAAGAUGCAAUUCGGUUUGAGCUCAUAGCUGAGGGUGGCAUGGGUCAUGGAGCAAGUUCUGGUUCUGUGCAGAACCCUGAUGGGGAAUCUGAUUCAUCUGGCCUACGAACUCCAGGGUUAAAAAUUAUAUACUGGUUAGAUUUGGAUAAAAAUGCUGGUAUGUCUGAAUCAGGUGCAUGCCCAUUUAUAAAAAUUGAACCUGGACCUGAUCUUCAGAUAAAGUGUCUCCACAGCAACUUUGUUAUAGAUCCGUCAACGGGCAAGGAGGCAGAGUUUUCUUUGGAUCAGAGUAGUAUUGAUGUUGAGAGGUUGCUAUUAAGAGCUAUUUGUUGCAACAGAUAUACUCGUCUGCUGGAAGUUAAAAGAGAACUAGUAAAAAAUAUUCAGGUCUGUCGAACAGCAGAUGAUGUUGUGGUCCAGUCUCGUAUGGGUGAAUCUGAUAUUGAAUAUAAACAGAAGGAUGAUAAAUGCUGCAGCAAGGACUCUGAGGGGCAUGAGGUCUUGCGUGUGCGUGCCUAUGGAUCUUCCUUUUUUACUCUUGGAAUUACUAUCAGGAAUGGCCGUUUCCUUCUUCAAUCAUCACAAAACAUAGUUGUUUCUUCCGCUUUGUUAGAAUGUGAAGAAGCUUUAAAUCAGGGAUCUAUGACUGCAGCUGAGGUUUUCAUAAGCUUGAGAAGCAAAAGUCUAUUGCACUUGUUUGCAUCCAUUGGAAGGGUUUUAGGCCUUGAGGUAUAUGAGGAUGGAUUCAAUACAGUUAAAAUACCCAAAAACAUUUCAAAUGGUUCAGCUAUGCUAAUGAUGGGAUUUCCAGACUGUGGAAGCUCUUACUUCUUGCUGAUGAAUCUUGAUAAGGAUUUUAAACCCUUGUUUAAGUUGUUAGAGACUCAGCCAGACCCAUCUAGAAAAGAUAAUUUAUUUGGCGACCUCAAUCAGGUGUUGCGGAACAAGAAAAUUGAUGUAGGACAGAUGCAGGUGCUUGAAGAUGAAAUGAAUUUAAGCCUGGUUGACUGGGGAAAAUUACGCUCUGUUUUGCCCAAUGCUGCUUGUCCAAAUCAAACAUCCGGGAAUGAGUUUCUUUCUGACAUUCGCCUUGAAAAUUCCAUACAAAUUGCAAGAGGUCAUCCAUCAGGUUUUCCAUCUCUUGUGGAUGAAGUGUUUGGACUUGAGAAAGGGUCUUCUGCCCCUCCAUUCUCUGUUCAAAAUCUCUCUUCAUCCUUGAAUACAUCCCUUCCUUCGCAUUAUGGUCCCAUGCCAAUGAAUCUCCAUAGUUUAAAGGCUGGAACCCCUUCUCCAAAGUGGGAAGGAGGCAUGCAGAUUUCACAGGUUAAUAAUGUAACAAAACCUUCUGGUGUCGCUACCCACUAUAGUGGUUCCUUGUUCUCAUCAGGCAGUGCCAAGGGCCCAGUUCAGUCCAGUUCUGUUGGUUCAAUUCCCACCGGACAAGGAAGGAGCACAUCUGGGAAAAAGAUAUCUGCUUCAAAGUCUGAACAGGAUUUGGCUUCUCUUAAAUCUCCCCAUUCAGUUGACACAAGUUCCUCUACUGCAAUGGAUGAAGAACAGUUAAGAGUGUUGAGUGAUACUUCUAAUGAUGCUUUAUGUGGAAGUCGGUCAUCUCAACUAUUAUCUCCUCCCCGGCCAGCUGACUCUCGUAUGUCUGUACCUAGUUCCAGACCUAAUGGACCUCAAGUUGAAUUGUUCAAGGCUGCUGGAUCUAGUUCCUGUGCUACAACUCCCGUAUCCCAGGCACUGGAAUCCACAGUUAAUUAUUGCACUAGUGAAGAUGUUAUCUCCAAACAUGAUAAAAAAUCUAAAAAACGAACAGCUUCAGAUAUGUUGAAUUUGAUUCCAUCUCUUCAAGGUCUUGAAAACAACCCAGGAAUCUGCAAGAGAAGAAAGAUUUCAGAUUCAUCUGGCUCUCAGCUGUCUUUGCCACAAGGCAUUAUAUCCACUGAAAUGAUACCUAAAACCGAAAGAUAUAGUUAUGAAAGUUUAAUUGCAGAAGCAAAUAAAGGGAAUGCUCCAUCUAGCAUUUACAUAGCAGCCCUUCUUCAUGUGGUCAGGCACUGUUCACUUUGCAUUAAGCAUGCUAGACUAACCAGUCAGAUGGAUGCAUUAGACAUCUCAUAUGUUGAAGAAGUGGGUUUAAGAAAUGCAUCCUCUAACAUAUGGUUCCGACUUCCAUUUGCUAGAGGUGAUUCAUGGCAACAUAUAUGCUUGCGACUUGGCAGACCUGGUUGCAUGUAUUGGGAUGUUAAGAUAAAUGACCAGCACUUCAGGGAUUUAUGGGAGCUUCAGAAAGGGGGCAGUAACACACCAUGGGGUUCAGGUGUUCGAAUUGCUAAUACAUCUGACAUAGAUUCACACAUACACUAUGAUCCAGAUGGUGUUGUUUUGAGUUAUCAAUCUGUUGAGGUAGAUAGUAUAAAGAAACUAGUGGCUGAUAUCCAAAGGCUUGCCAAUGCAAGAACAUUUGCUCUUGGCAUGCGGAAAUUGCUUGGUAUAAGAGCAGAUGAGAAGUCAGAAGACCUGCUUACAAGUUCUGAUGUUAAAAUAUCUGUUGCCAAGGUUGCUUCAGAUACUGCAGACAAACUAUCAGAACAGAUGAGAAGGGCGUUUAGAAUUGAGGCAGUUGGACUGAUGAGCUUGUGGUUUAGCUUUGGUUCAAGUGUCCUUGCUCGUUUUGUUGUUGAGUGGGAAUCUGGUAAAGAGGGUUGCACAAUGCAUGUAUCUCCUGACCAACUUUGGCCUCACACCAAGUUUCUAGAAGAUUUCAUAAAUGGAGCUGAAGUUUCAUCGCUUUUGGAUUGCAUUCGGCUGACUGCAGGGCCCUUGCAUGCGCUGGCAGCUGCAACCAGGCCAGCACGAGCUGGUCCUGUCCCAGGGGUUCCAGCUGCCCUAUCUUCUAUCCCUAAACAGACUGGUUAUAUAUCAUCGCAAGGACUGCUGCUUAGUAGUUCAACCACUAAUGUUGGUCAGCCUACUUCUGGUCCUGGGGGGAACACUGUCAUGUCUGCCGCUAGUGGUCUCACUAACCAAACCCUUUCAAUGUUAGCUGCUGCUGGGCGUGGUGGCCCGGGCAUUGUUCCAAGUUCACUUUUGCCCAUUGAUGUCUCUGUUGUGCUCCGUGGUCCCUAUUGGAUACGAAUCAUGUACAGGAAACAGUUUGCAGUUGACAUGCGUUGCUUUGCAGGAGAUCAGGUGUGGUUGCAGCCUGCAACACCACCUAAAGAGGAUCGUCUUUCUGGAGGGUCCUUGCCAUGCCCCCAGUUUCGGCCUUUCAUCAUGGAACAUGUUGCCCAGGAAUUAAAUGGAUUAGAUCCUAGUUUCACUGGGCAACAGGUAGGUGGGGUGGCAAGUUCAAAUAAUCCAAAUCCUGGUUCAGGGUCCCAGUUGAUGGCUGCAAAUGGAAAUAGAAUAAACCUGCCAACUUCUGCUGCAAUGUCUAGGACAGGAAACCAAGUAGCUAGUUUAAACCGUGUGGGAAAUGCUUUAGCAGGAUCUUCAAAUUUAGCUUUGAUGACAUCAGCAGUCUCCCUGCGUAGGCCACCUGGAACAGUUGUCCCAGCGCAUGUCAGAGGCGAGCUGAAUACAGCCAUUAUUGGCCUUGGGGAUGAUGGAGGUUAUGGAGGCGGUUGGGUUCCUCUUGUUGCUCUUAAGAAGGUUUUGAGAGGUAUUCUCAAGUAUCUAGGAGUGCUAUGGCUAUUUGCCCAGUUACCAGAUAUUUUGAAAGAAAUCCUAGGAUCCAUUUUGAAGGAAAAUGAAGGUGCACUCUUGAACUUAGAUCCCGAGCAACCUGCAUUGCGCUUUUUUGUUGGGGGCUAUGUGUUUGCUGUUAGUGUCCAUAGAGUUCAGCUUCUUCUUCAGGUGUUAAGUGUAAAACGCUUUCACCAUCAACAGCAGCAACAACAGCAAAACUCAAAUCCUGCACCAGAGGAAUUAAGUCAAUCUGAAAUAAGUGAAAUUUGUGACUACUUCAGUCGCCGGGUGGCAUCAGAGCCCUAUGAUGCUUCUCGUGUUGCAUCAUUUAUAACUAUGCUCACCUUACCUGUAUCGGUUCUGAGAGAAUUCUUGAAAUUGAUUGCUUGGAAAAAGGGUUUAUCCCAGGCACAAGUUGGAGAUGUUGUAUCGGCACAAAAACCACGGAUUGAGUUAUGUCUUGAAAAUCAUGCUGGGUUGAACGCAGAUGAGAACUCAGAGAGCUCAUGUGCAUUUAGAAGCAACAUCCACUAUGAUCGCCUGCAUAAUUCUGUUGAUUUUGCACUUACUGUUGUUCUUGAUUCUGCUCACAUCCCGCAUGUCAAUGCUGCGGGUGGUGCUGCGUGGUUGCCAUACUGUGUUUCAGUAAGGUUGAAAUAUUCAUUUAGUGAAAGUCCUAAUGUAUCAUUUCUUGGCAUGGACGGUAGCCAUGGUGGUAGGGCCUGUUGGUUGCGUGCUGAUGAUUGGGAGAAAUGCAGAGAGAGGGUGGCACAAACAGUCAAGGUUAAUGGGAGCUCAGCAGUAGAUGUAAGUCAAGGUAGGUUGAAAUUAAUUGCAGAUAGUGUGCAAAGAACUUUGCAUAUGUGCAUUCAAGGGCUAAGAGAUGGUAGUGGGGUCACAGCAAGCUCUGGAGCAACGUGAUUGUUUUGUUACCAGCACCAGCGGUUAUAUAUAUAUGUUGGGUUAGUGCUGAUCUGAAACGGUGCCGUGCUGAGUUAAGCAUGCACUCAUGUCAUAUGCAGUUCUAUUGGAGAUGAGUUUGCGCUGUAACGGAGAAAGUGCACGGUGGCGAUUACAGAUGAUUUUGAUAAAAUUUGUAAGGAGAUUGACAUUUGACAGUUAGCCUUAGAUAAGCGGGCACCAAUUUUAGAUUACUAACCAAUAUUUGACGUUUCUCAGAUCAUUACGAUUCGAAUUAGGUUGUACAAUAUUUUGCUGAUAUGUAGUAUCGUGGUGUAACUUGGUGGUGGCUUUUCUUGUACAGAUAGACAUAUCAAAUGAAUAGAUUAGUGAAGGAAAUUUGUUCGUCAUUGUGUAUCUUGGUUCAGACCAUUGAAACAGCUAUCUCAGCCAGUGAACCAUAUUUGAUUGUGUGAAUGAAUUCUAUUGACAUAAGGUCGUGUGAUAGGGUUUCAGUUAUGUAAAUACAAAGUAACGUUAUUAUUUUUUCUCUUUAUUUUGAUGUUGAUGUGU